AAUUAGAGACAAAAUUAAAAAAAAAUUAGUUGAUGUUAGUUUAGAAUUAAGAACUAACAUUUCUCUUUGCUUGUGAUCUCUGUGUGUGAGAGAGCGCGCGCCCACGUCGCAUUUUUCUUUUUGUCCCCUCGUAUAUGAAGGCUAAAAGAUACAAAAAAAGAGGAUGAUCCCGGAAAAUGGACAACAGUUGACAGUUCCUCCAGGCUUUCGAUUCCAUCCAACAGAUGAGGAGCUUCUUUAUUAUUACCUUAGGAAGAAGGUUUCGUAUGAAGCCAUUGAGCUGGAUGUUAUCAGGGAAGUGGACCUAAACAAACUGGAGCCUUGGGACCUCAAAGAGAAAUGUAGAAUUGGAUCUGGGCAUCAAAACGAAUGGUAUUUCUUCAGCCAUAAGGACAAAAAAUAUCCGACUGGAACUCGAACUAAUAGAGCAACCAGCGCCGGAUUUUGGAAGGCAACAGGGAGAGACAAAGCAAUUCACACGGGCGGCAAUUACAAGAGGAUUGGCAUGAGGAAGACACUGGUGUUCUACACAGGUCGUGCUCCCCAUGGCCAAAAGACUGAUUGGAUCAUGCAUGAAUACCGUCUUGACGAUGACAAUCCUGAAGUUCCUCCACUGCAGGAAGAUGCGUGGGUGGUGUGCAGAGUUUUCAAGAAGAAAAGUCAGAAGCCGGAGGUUUCGCAACAACAUGAGUUGGGUACCGGUUAUGAUAAUACGAAGCUGGGUAUGGGUAGUAGUUCUAGUUCGGGUGAAGGAAUAGGAGAGCUAAGAAAUAAGCACGUGCAAAUGCAAGAGGCAUAUAAUGAUUAUGGCUUUGAUGGGUGCAUGCAGCUGCCGCAAUUGUUUAGUCCAGAGUCGUCAGUUGCAUGUCCACCUAUCUCUUUAAACGCCGCCGUAGACAGUCCUCAAAAUACUUUGUGGAGGCUAAGUUGCGGGGUGGUGCAACAUGAUCAGCGAUUGAACACUACUGAUUGGUCAUUCUUGAAUAAGCUGCUUGCUUCGGAUCAACACUACUCCUACCGUGCCAAAUCUACGCUUAAUUCGGAUCAGCUGCUUCCUAAUCCCGGACACCCUAACUUCAAAAGAAAUCCCUUUCCCUAUCCCUAUCCCUAUCCCUAUCCCUAUAUUGGCUCUGACGCCGACUAUAUCAAAUUCUCCAAGUAAGGCUACGGGAGAUCAGAUCACGCAGUUUUAUUAUUGCAAUUGUUGCCUACGCUUAAUAAUGGAUUCAUCAUUUUCAUGGCCUGUUUAGUAUUAUUUCAUUUCUCAGAAACAUAAUUAGGCCCUUUGGUAAA